AUGAGUUUAGGGAAGCUAGUACACUAUGGCAUCGACCUUGUGCUUAUAUCAAUUGUACUUGCUGGAAUCCAUCGAAAUACGGGAUUACAAUUUGAUGUCCUGCACUUUAGCUCGGUUGAUUUCCGUCGUUGGUUUGGCAAUUACCUCAGUUUUGGAGAAGCUUGUUAUGACAAAGUUGUUUCGUUAUUGAGAAUGUCGGGUUAUUUCAAACAACGUAAUUUGGUGUUGGAUAAUUUAAAGAAUGCCGGAGCUCAAUAUUUGAAAGAACAAACUGGGCGUGAUAUUCGAGAGUAUAAGAACUCUAGAGAGCUUGAUUAG